AGAAUUUACCUCAUUUAUCACCUGGUUCACAUCAUUUUUCUCAAUUUCGCUCAUCAAUGUGUACAAUGCAAUAGACAUUCCAUCCUUGGCAGCAUAAUAAACACGAUUUUUCAGUAUUUCUCGUAGCUCAUACAUUAUCUUGCAUUGAGACCAAUUUCUUAUAGCCAGAUUCGAGGAAAUCUAUUUUCAAAUGACGAAAAACGAUUCAGAAUUCGCGAAAUUUCCUGACCCUGACGUAGGAAAAUUCAAGAACUUCAUUCCACACUUCCACUGAUGACAUUUGAAUUUGCAAUUCGAAGACAAAAAGGAAGAAGGAAGCAAAAAGCAAAAACUGGCAAUGGGAUUCUUGAAAAAAAUGAGUUUCUUUGGUAAAUUAUUCGGUGGUAAAAAGGAAGACGAAGGCCCUACACCUGGCGAAGCUAUCCAGAAGCUCCGGGAUACAGAGGAAAUGCUCAUAAAAAAACAAGACUUUCUAGAAAAGAAGAUAGCAGAAUACACCUUAGUUGCAAAGAAAAAUGCUGCUAAAAACAAGAGAGUGGCUCUGCAAGCUCUCAAGAAAAAGAAAAGGUUAGAAAAGAAUCAACUACAAAUUGAUGGGACCCUCACAACUAUUGAGAUGCAAAGGGAGGCUUUGGAAGGGGCUAGCACAAACACAACUGUUUUGGAAUCUAUGAAAAAUGCAGCUGAGGCACUCAAGAAAGCACACAAAAACCUAGAUGUUGAUAAUGUCCAUGAUAUUAUGGAUGAUAUAGCAGAACAACAUGAUAUUGCCAAUGAAAUUUCAAAUGCAAUCAGCAACCCUGUUGGGUUUGCAGAAGAUCUGGAUGAUGAGGAGCUUGAAAAAGAGCUGGAAGAAUUGGAACAAGAGGGUCUAGAGGAAGAUCUCCUAAAGGUGCCUGGUCCAACUGAGUUGCCAGCUCUCCCAACACCAGCAACAGGGGCUAUUGCUAAGCCAGUAAAACCACAAGCCAAAAAAGUGGAGGAUGAUGAUGACAUGAAGGAAUUAGAAGCUUGGGCCUCAUAAAAAAUGGAGAUCUAGUUCAUCACAUUGAUAUGUUGAAAAAAAGUAAUAUAUGCACCAAUGCUAACAUAAACUUCAAUAUUAUUAUAUAAUAAUUAAUGCAUCAUCAGGUGAAUAUUUCAUUGAUAGGAUAUAGGAUAGAUCAUCAUAUUAUGCUUCAACUCUUGGAAUUGUCUAAUUUUUCAUCAUGCAGGCUUGAAGUUACUCCUCAGAUAUGUAAAUAUAUAGUGAUUAUUGAUAAAUAAUAUUGUUCAUACUGAAAUUUUUGUCUUAGAAAAUUUAUAUUGAAUAUGAUCAAGAUAAACUGACACUUAAAAUUGCAGGAUCAAUGAACAAAAAUGGAACUACCCUUCUUGCAACUUACUGUCUUAUUGGAAAUUGAGUUUUUAUGACUGUUUGUCUUGAUAUCAGAAAAAUUAUGUUUUUUUUUUCAGAUAUUUAAUGAAGUAUCUAUAUUUACAUACAAUUGGCUUUCAUUUCUCCAUGCCCAACCAAAUAUUGAGAUUGUAUUAUUAGGUGUGCUACAGUGAAGAUAGAUAGAAAGGAAAGGUUCACUAAAUCAGACCAACAUUCACAGUUUAUAGCUAUGGAAUAAAAUAUAUUAAAUAAUUUGUGAAUCUAUAUAAAAUAUGCAAUUUCGAAUUCAAUCAGUCUUCUUCUAAUAUACAAUGUUCUACCAUUUCUUUUAAAUUUGGAUUUUCCAUUGCUGCUGCUAUUCUCUCUUUGUCAUUUAUUUGUUUAUUUACUGUAAAAUUAAAAGGAUUAUAAUAUUCAACUAUUAAUACAUAUAAAUACUGACUUUCAUGUUCUGUUGUGUGAGCUCCACUUUUGAUGUAAAUAUCCAAUUUUAGGGGACAUGGCAUAUUUCUUUCUAAUUUGAUUCUUAUACAUAGGCCAAUCAAGGUAGCCAGAGAGCAAUGUGGUAUGGUUGGAUUGAAUUCUACCCUAACUACAUUGACAUCACCUGAGGUUGGCUGACC